ACGAAAGAGAAAGUAUGCUGCUUAGUUACAUGGCCGUUUUCGGACGUUUGUGGGCUGGUUGUCCAUAGGGGAAGAUUAUGUUUUGGACUUUUGCAGGCCUUGUUCUUGCACUAUGCUUAGGUGUAAGUGGAUCACAGACUCUUCCUGAUGUGCAUUGGCCUCAUUGCCGUUUUAUGGAUGAGAAAGUUCAUGUAAAUAAAGAGGGUCACAUAGAAACUGAGUAUAUCCAGAGAAAGGCUGUAGUUCAGUUUGGUAAAGAUGGGGACAGUGCUUUACACCCCGCCAUUACCUUCCUCGUCACAGGCUCUGAAGUGGAUAUGAGGCAUUAUUUAGAGGGACGUGAGAACAUGAUACAAUGUGAGAUCCGUAGAUACAGCACUGGAGGAAUAGUAAUGCGCUGGCCUGUUGCAGGAGCACAAGAGUAUGACGUCUGGUUCACCUGCACAUUACGUCAUACACAAGGCUUGUUCGUCAUCACCACCUUCCUCAGACACACACCUGCAACUCCUGCUCAGGGAAAAUUGGACUUUCUACAGUGGAUGAAAAUCAGUGAUGGGGAUCUCCUGACAACAUCAGCUGCAAUGGUUAUUUUGACCCGUACUCCCUCUGUUGAGGUGGGAUUCUCAAAGGAGCCAGAGCUGCACUGUCAGUUUGCAGUGGAUCAUAAACUACCUAAAGCAACAGUGGAGUGGAAACUGCAGCGUCACGGCAAGCACAUAAAGCUUUUUAGCUACUCCAGUCUCACUGGAAAGACUGAAGGCAGUGGAGUGACUGUGAAGGCCAUUGAAGGUGGAAAUGCAUCGCUCAAACUUCAGCCUGUCAGAAAACGCAGUGAGGGCACGUAUGUCUGCUCUGUGAAGAUUCCUCCUCUCAAUGGCAGCCAUAAUAUUCCUUUUAGCAUAAGUGAACAGCCUCGUGUGUCUCUAAAUGUGCCCAACACCUUGGCUAUGGCAGCUGGUCAGGACAAGAAGGUGAUCUGUGAUGCAGAAAGCUACUAUCCCCUGGAUGUAAACAUUGAGUGGUAUCUUGAGAGACACAGAGAAAACCCUAUGCCUUCAUUCCUGAAUGUUCGGCACUCCAGUCAUCGGCUUAAUCAAGAUGGCACAUAUUCGAUCUCAGCCUUCCUCUAUCUAGAGCCUGGCUUGGAGAACUCUGGAUAUCAGUACACCUGCAGUGUUUCCCAUAAGUCUUUGCUCAACCCAAUCAACAAGAGUUUUUUCCUUGUAGUUACAGAAACUGACUCUACCAUGUGGUAUUUCGCAGUCUUUGGGUUUAUAAUUUCCAUGCUGUUAAUAAUGCAUUAUAUUCCACGUAUUUUUGCAGGACGAAAAUCAGCAAAAAGAUAUAUGAGCUCUUGCCUGGGGGUUUAAAGUACAGCAUCGCAGAAAUUGAUGUCACAUCACUCCUUUUCUACAUCUGUCUUUCAUUACUGCCGUCUCCUCCUGCUGCAUCCUUCGCAAAGAUCUGGUGAUCUACAUGUGAAAAUGGGGAGUUUCUGAGAGGUGUGAUUUCAGAUAUGGAUGUUUAUGUCUAUUUACAAUGGUUAAUAAACUACUGCUCUCCAUUAACUGAGCAUUUACUGUAUCAUUUUAGUGUCUCCAUAAUUAAUAAUGACUGUUUGGAAAGGAAUUCAUAAAUGCAAAGUGCAGAGAUCAUCCUCAUAUCAAUAACUACAUUUGAAGUUACUUAACUUGCUCAGUACUUCUCAAAGUGCCUGCUGCAUCACGCUCCAAGAACGAUCAUUUAGGAGUAAAUCUCCAUCUUGAACAAAUGAUCAUGUGACUUUUAUGUUCACAGAUGAUGAUGCAGCUGAUGAAUAUUAUCAAAAUGAUUUUGCUGAAUGACACGCUGUACCAAUUCACAAGAUUUCCAUGCGUUCCCAAUCAUUAGGCAUCUUCGUGUAAAAUGACAGCAUUAGCUAUUCAGUGCUUCCUGUGUUGUGAGGUACAAAUUGUUUUUUAUUAACGAUUAAAAGAGUUAUAGUAGUUUCCCUGCUUUCUCAAACAUAACUACCAACUUUUUUGUUAUGAAAAUAAAUACUAUGGAUGUCAAUGGUUACCAUCAUUUUCCAAAAGUGCUUUGUGUUUAACUGAAAAAAGAAACUCAGGUUGAGGUCUAAGGGAACGACGACAGACUUUUUACUCUGCAUGAACUAUCCCUUAAUCAUUUGCACCAGUUUCCCAAGAAGUGACAUGUUUUCUUGCACACCAGGGAUGAAAUCUUUACUGUAUUUGCAAUGUAAUUAAUGUAAUAUCAUCCUUUUGAAAACUCUGGAUGGAUAUGUUUGAUAAUAAAAGCCUAAUUAUUAUUCUACUGAACUUUAAAGUUGCAUAAUUGUUAAUAGAUAUGAUUCCACAUUUUUUAUAUGUGAUUGUAUAAUUAAAAAAAAAACUUUUUAUUCAAUUGUUUGCUGUAAAAGUCUUCAUUCACUGUAUUGUCUUUCUUUAUACACAUAAAAAGGUUGUAGCAAAUUUACUCUUUUUCAUGAAAAUGUGAGAUCAUCAUUUUAAACUGGCUAAUAAACAAUAUUACUAUUUACCUACA